AUGGGGAUUCCCGAGGAGUGCUUGAAGGAGGCCGUCGCGUCGAUCCAAAGCCUGGUCGACAGUGGGGGCUUCAAGGGGAAGAACUUCAAGAAGCUGGUCAAGCAGGUGGUCGACAACCCUGAGGAGUAUGUCGAGGACGAGCACUUCGCAGAGCUGGCCGCCGCGUUGAUCGAGGACCGCGAUUUCGUUCGCCCCGAACCGGUUCACUACCGCACCUGGGGCAAGGACGGCAUCGAUGAGGCCUCCCACGACCAGAUGCGGCAAGCCUGCUCGGUGCCUGUGGCCACCGCGGGGGCGCUGAUGCCCGACGCCCACGUGGGAUACGGACUGCCGAUUGGCGGGGUGUUGGCUUGCGAGAACGCUGUGAUUCCGUAUGCCGUGGGUGUGGACAUCGCCUGCCGGAUGAAGCUUUCGGUGUUAGACCUGGCACCCGAGACGCUCGAUGCGGAGUUCAAUCGCUUUAAGGAAGCACUGGAAGGCGGGACUCGGUUCGGUGUGGGGGUGAGCUACGACGUGCCGAAGUCGCAUCCCGUGAUGGAUGAAGACUGGACCGUGAGCAAGAUCACCCGCGAGCGGAAGGAUGUGGCCUGGAAGCAGCUAGGCACCUCGGGCUCGGGCAAUCAUUUUGUCGAGUUUGGCGUGUUGACCCUCAACGACCGUAUCGACGAAAUCGAUCUGGACGCCGGCACCUAUGUGGCUCUGCUUAGCCAUAGCGGAAGCCGAGGAGCGGGAGCGGCCGUGUGUUCGACCUACAGCGCCAUUGCCCAGUCGCGGCUGCCCAAGCGUUUCAACGACCUAGGCCGCCUGGCGUGGCUCGACUUAGAUAGCGAAGCGGGCCAGGAGUAUUGGGCCGCCAUGAACUUGAUGGGCGAUUAUGCCGCGGCGAACCACGACGUGAUUCACCGGCAGGUUUCGAACCUGCUGGGGGCGCACAUCGUCGCCGGGGUGGAGAACCAUCACAACUUCGCCUGGAAAGAAGUUCACGAUGGGAAGGAAGUGAUUGUACACCGCAAGGGGGCUACGCCGGCUUCGGAAGGUGAGCUGGGCGUCAUUCCCGGCUCGAUGGCCGAUCCGGCGUUCGUCGUACGCGGCAAGGGCAACCCGGCCUCUCUCAAUUCGGCCUCGCAUGGUGCCGGACGGCGGAUGUCGCGGAAGAAGGCACGCUCGCAGUUCACCUGGAAGGCCGUAAAGAACGAUCUGGCCAAGAAGGGCGUUCGUGUGCUUUCGGCCGACGCUGACGAGGUGCCCGGGGUGUACAAGGACAUCCGCGAAGUCAUCGCACAACAGUCGGACCUGGUCGAGGUGCUCGCGCAGUUCGAUCCCAAGAUCGUGAAGAUGUGCGGUGACGGAAGCCGGGCGGAGGAUUAA